CAUUAUAAAUUCUUUGUCAUGUUAUUCAAAAAUGACAGUUGUAAUUAUUUUGUUUAAGCUUUAUUUACGUUGUUAGCUAAUCUGGGUUUUUCCGGUCUAGCACGGCUGUAUUUUAAAACCGGUUACGAAUACAGGGAAUAUACACGGUGUCCAGUACGACCGUACGGCCAUAGCUAAACCAGUGCCGCGUGGCCUUAUGGAAGAGGCCCUGCUGUUGGCUCUCUCCCUACAGCUGGGGAGACCCAAAACGGUUAUAAAAGAAGCCUCUGGUAGGUUUUUCUUCUUCUCAGACGGCUGCGCAGACUCUUCUCCAUUGCCAUUGUUUUUGCUCUUCUUGCUGCAGCAGGUCACUUUUACGAUGUCUUCCCCUUGGUUGCCUCCUCGGAGUGAAAAUGAAAGGGAACAUGACAUUGAACGGUUUAGGAAGAAAUUAAAAGAAAUGGUUCGAGAUAAAGUUCAGUGUCGUAUUUGUUUUCUUCGUUUUAAAACCAAAGUAGGAUCAGCUGUGUUGCUGAAAUGUGGUCACAUAUUCCAUGGUCAAUGUAUUGCGAAACACUUGGGUAGUGCUAAUGUCUCUAGUUAUAGACCUUCAACACUAGCUAAUUGGUUUGUACAACUAGCCCAGUGUCCUCUUUGCCGAGCUAUACUGCAACAGGAGCAUUUUCUUGUCGUUCCAGCGCCUGCUGCCCCUGAGCCUGUAGCUCAGGAAGAAGCUUCACUAAGGAUUCAUACCCGACUCCCAAAUCUGGAAAAUGUUGCAUUAGGAUUUCUUGACGUGCUACAUGCAGUCCCAGAACCUGCUCUGGAAGCUGCCCUUGAUGUGCCAGCAGAUGCCGGUGCCCCUGAUGAGCCAGCAGAUGCCGGUGUCCCUGAUGAGCCAGCAGAUGCUGAUGAUGAUGACAAUGCUGCUAAUUAGCUUGCUGCAGAGUGAUAUCCUGGUUUUCUUCGUUGGUUUUGAGUGGAUGCUAAUAAGUUGUAGUUGAAAUUGCAUUAUAUUUUGAUGUUUGUUGACCUUAUGAGAACUCUAGAAAAUUAAGGUGGAAGUUGAUAAAAUGACUACUGAUUUCGGGAGGAAAAUUUAGUUAAGAAUCUCAUUGUGGGUAUG